AUGACAAAAAUUACAUCUUUACUUGUAAUUUUUAUUAUUUCUCAUACAAAUGCAAUGGAUUAUACAUUUCCAAAUGACUUUAUGUUUGGUACUGCAACUGCUGCUUAUCAAAUAGAAGGAGGCUGGAAUGAAGAUGGAAAAGGAGAAAAUAUUUGGGAUCAUUUGGUUCAUACUCGUCCGGAAUUAAUAAAAGAUAGAACAAAUGGAGAUAUUGCCUGCGAUUCCUACCACAAGUAUAAAGAAGAUGUAGCAUUGGCAAAAAAUUUAAAUGUGAAAUUUUAUCGUUUUUCCAUAUCAUGGGCUCGAAUAGCACCAUCCGGAGUAAUGAAUAAAUUAAAUCAAAAAGGAAUAGCAUACUAUAAUCGUCUUAUUGAUGAACUUAUUAAAAAUAAUAUCAUGCCAAUUGUAACAAUGUAUCAUUGGGAUCUACCUCAAUAUCUACAAGAUCUUGGUGGUUGGGUCAACCCAAUUAUGUCAGAUUAUUUUAAGGAAUACGCAAGAGUAUUAUUUACUUAUUAUGGAGACAGAGUUAAAUGGUGGAUUACAAUAAAUGAACCGUUAGAGGUUUCUACAGGUUAUGCUUUUAAUGCGCUGGCACCAUACUUGCAUUUAAACAAUGCUGGGUAUUAUUUGGCGGGUCAUACACAACUUAUUGCCCAUGGAAAAGUUUAUAGGUUGUAUGAAGAGGUAUUUAAAUCUACUCAACAAGGAAAAAUAAGCAUUUCAAUAAGUGGAUUAUUUUAUUUACCAAAAAAUGCUGAGUCUUUAGAUGACAUAGUUACUGCUGAAAGAGCCAAUCAAUUUGAUAGAGGAUGGUUCAGUCAUCCAGUGUACAAAGGAGACUAUCCACCAAUAAUGAGACAAUGGCUAGAUAAAAAAAGUAAAGAAGAAAGUCCAUGGUCAAUACUACCAACAUUUACAGAAGAUGAAAUUAAAUUAAUUAAAGGUACGGCUGAUUUUUAUGCUUUCAAUCAUUAUUCUUCCCGUUUGGUAACUCAAGAAAGUGGUGAUCCAGAUUCUUAUUAUAAUUCAAUCGCAAAUUAUUAUGCAUCUGUUGAUGAAUCAUGGCCAAAGUCGUCUCCUGCAUCGUGGCUAAUAACAGCACCUGUUGGAUUAAAAAAACUUUUGGUAUGGAUAAAAAAUGAAUAUGGUAAUCCACCUAUGUUUAUAACAGAAAAUGGGUUUGGAGAUAAUGGUCAAUUGGAUGAUUUAGAUAGAAUAAGCUACAUAAAGGGCUAUUUAAAUGCAACAUUACAAGCAAUACACGAAGAUAAUUGCAAUGUUAUAGGAUUUACUAUAUGGUCACUCUUGGAUAAUUUUGAGUGGAUGGAUGGUUUUUCAAUUCAUUUUGGACUUGUUAAGGUAGAUUUUAAUGAUCCUGAGAGAACUCGUACCCCAAAAGCGUCAUAUAAAUUUUUCAAAAAUGUGGUAACUACUGGCCGAUUGAUAACUAAUUCUUUUAGGGAAAUAUCUGAAUUGUGA